CCCAGCAGUGGUUCAAGCAUGAGUGCAGUGGGCUUAGUACUUCUGGUGCUUGCUCUGAGGCUUAGGGCCACCACUGCUAAGCCAGAGGAGGGCAGCUUUUGCUCUAAAAGCCAGGUGGCCUUCAGAGAUGCUUGUUAUGAAUUUGUGCCACUUGGACGCACCUUCCGUGAGGCCCAGAGCUGGUGCGAGGGGCAAGGAAGCCAUUUGGUCUUCAUUCAGGAUGAAGGCACCCAGCGGUUUCUGCAGAAGCACAUCUCCCAGGACAGGGAAUGGUGGAUUGGACUCACGUGGAACUUGGCACCGAAUGGAACCACGGAGGGGUCGGGGACUUGGUUGGACACCUCCAAUGUGACCUACAGCAACUGGCAUGGAGGGCAGGCCACCACUGCCCCUGACACCUGCGGCCACAUCGGCAGAGGCCCUUCCUCUGAGUGGGUGGCCUCGGACUGCGCCCAGACCUUCGCCUUCAUGUGCGAGUUCCGGGUUGGCCAGAGCCUGGCCUGCGAGGGACUCAAUGCCACCAUGCACUGCGGCUCGGGGCAGGUCAUCCAGGUCCAGGAUGCCGUCUAUGGGCGCCAGAACCCCCAUUUCUGCACCCAGGAUGCCGGGCGUCCCUCAGAUCUGGAGCAGGGAUGCAGCUGGGCCAACGUCAAGGAUGAGGUGGCAGGCCAGUGCCAGGGGCUACAGGCAUGCCAGGCGGCAGCAGAUGAGACCUACUUUGGAAACCUGUGUCCGCCUCAGGGCAGUUACCUGUGGGUGUGGUACCAGUGCCGGGAAGCCCUGCAGCUGGUGGUGUCCAGUGAGAGUUUCGUCUUUGACAACGUCACCAUCUCCCUGACGUGGCUCCUCUCACCCUACAUAGGAAACCUGUCUUGUAUAAUUAGUGCAGGAGAUGGCCACACUUUUGAUCCCUACAACCCGCCGAGUGUGUCCAGCAAUGUGACCCACCAGUUCACAUCUCUGGGGGAAUUCACCAUGUUUGCUGAAUGCACAACCAGUGAGUGGCAUGUGACAGCCCAGAGGCAAGUGACCGUGCAAGACAAGAUGGAGAGGCUCAGUGUGACUGCAUGCUCCGGCCUGUCCCCGUCAGGAGCCGGCCCUCUCUGCCAGGCUGUCUUUGGGGAUCGUCUGUGGAUCCAGGUGGAGCUUGACGGAGGAACAGGAGUGACUUAUACUGUGCUUUCGGGUGACAUAACCCUGGCCAAGUCCACCACCCAAAAGGGCUCGCUACUGUACAAUCUGACCCUGGACAGAGAAACCCAGAAACUGAUGGGCCCUGGGAGGCACGGCCUGGAGAUCCAAGCCACCAGCAACACCACCACCUCCACAAUCUCCAGAAACAUCACAGUCCACUUGGUGGAGCUGCUGUCAGGGCUGCAGGCUUCCUGGGCUUCUGACCAUUUGGAGCUUGGACAGGACGUAUUGAUCAACAUCUCAGUGGCUCAGGGCACCCCAGAAGAGCUGACCUUUGAGGUGGCAGGACUCAAUGCAACCUUCUCCCACGAGCAAGUGAGCUUUGGAGAGCCAUUUGGGAUUUACCGCCUGGCUGUUCCAGUUGAAGGCACUUUUCUGGUGACCAUAUUGGUGAGGAAUGCCUUCUCCAACCUGAGUUUGGAAAUCGGGAACAUCACUAUCACAGCCCCUUCCGGUCUCCAAGAACCAUCUGGGAUGAAUACUGAAGGAAAGAAUAAAGAUAAAGGUGAUAUGGAGGUGUAUAUCCAACCUGGUCCAUACGUGGAUCCUUUCACGACAGUGACCCUGGACUGGCCGGACAAUGACAAGGAGUUACGCUUCCAAUGGUCAUGUGGGCAUUGCUGGACUCAGUGGAGCGGCUGUGUUGAGAGGCAGCUGCUUCGCCCAGACCAGAGGGAGCUGGUGGUUCCAGCAUCCUGCCUGCCGCCGCCUGACUCUGCUGUCACCCUGCGCCUGGCUGUUCUGAGAGGCCAAGAGCUGGAGAACAGGGCAGAGCAGUGCCUCUACGUGUCUGCACCCCAGGAACUCAGGCCUCGAGUCAGCUGUGAGAGGAACUGCAGGCCCGUUAAAGCCAGCGAAGACAUUCUGCUCAGCGUCACCAUGGGGGAGGACUCCCCAGUGGCUAUGUUCAGCUGGUAUUUGGGCAACACCCCAACAGAGCAGGCCGAGCCCCUCCCGGAUGCCUGCAGACUCAGAGGAUUUUGGCCAAGGUCCUUAACCCUCCUCCAGGGCAACACCUCCACAUUGCUGCUGAACAGCUCCUUAUUGCAGUCCUGGGGAGAGGUCAUCCGAAUCAGAGCCACAGCACUGACCAGGCACGCCUAUGGGGAGGACACCUAUGUGAUCAGCACUCUGCCUCCCCCCGAGGUGCCUGCCUGCACUAUUGCCCCGGAGGAGGGCACCGUUCUGAUGAGCUUUGCCAUCUUCUGCAAUGCCUCCACAGCCCUGGGACCCCUGGAGUUCUGCUUCUGUCUGGAAUCAGGUUCCUGCCUACACUGUGGCCCUGAACCUGUCCUCCCAUCUGUGUAUCUGCCACUUGGAAAGGAGAACAAUGACUUUGUGCUGACAGUAGUUAUUUCUGCCACAAAUCGUGCAGGGGACACACAGCAGACCGAGGCCAUGGCUAAGGUGGCACUCGGAGACACAUGUGUGGAGGCUGUAGCAUUCCAGGCUGCCGUGUCAGAGAAAAUCCCCACAGCUCUGCCAGGCGAGGGUGGCCCCGAGCAGCUCCUCCAGCUGGCCAAGGCCGUGUCCUCCGUGCUGAACCGAGAGCACGACAACCAGGGCUCAGGACAGUCGCUGAGCGUGGACGUCAGACAGAAGGUCAGAGAGCAUGUGCUGGGGUCGCUGUCUGCAGUCACUGCCAGCUUGGAGGACAUGCAGAGGGUGCAGGAGCUGGCUGAGGUGCUGAGAGAGGUGACCUGCCGGAGUAAGGAACUCACACCCUCGGCCCAGGGGUCCUGCAUGGGCGAUUCAUGGGAAGGUGCCCCUCCUGCAGCCUGUGUAUCUCACACUGGGUGAGAGGGCCUGUUUGCCCAGAAUCUCACUCCUGCAUUUGCUGGUGAGCAAGUUGAGGGAGUAACUGAAUCUCAUUAAUAUUUGGGUGGCCAAAUGUGAGUCCAGACACUGCUACUGACUGCCCAUGUUCUCAACUUCAGUGCACACCAGCCUGACAUCCGGCUGCCAGUUCCUGCCCUUCCUUAUCCUUCUGGGGGUCUUCUCUGACCCUCAGAGCCUACUCUACCUGCCCAUAUGGCUGUGAAUUCAUGCAGUGUUCAGCGACUAAUGGAGCUGGUGUAUAAAUACCCCAGCUCCCUCACCCCUCUUGAUGGAUAAUCCCAAGCAGGAGUGAAUCCCAGGAAAUAGGCUUGAUCACACUCCUCUGCUGGCUUCCACCCUUCCCUGUCUCACACCCCCUACUCCCCACAAGUGUUUCUUGGGAUCAUGUCCAAAUAAAUGACUUGCUCUCAAA